AUGGUGCGAUACAGCAAGCCGCCGACGAUCGCGCAGUUUGGAGCCUCCAGCCCCAUUGAGCUUUCUCGGGCGGCGUCGCUGGUGAUCCCGUACGUGAAUGGCGUGGACCUCAACUGCGGGUGCCCCCAGACUUGGGCGUGCGCCGCCAACCUCGGCGCCGCUCUCAUGGAGAAUAGGGAGCUCGUGAGAGAUAUGCUUGUGGAGACGAGAGGGGUGAUGCAAAGGGAUGGGUGGGUGCGAGACAAGGAAAGCUCGCGGGGAAGAAGCUUGAGCGUCAAGAUUAGGAUCCAUAAGGACUUGAGAAAAACUGUCGACUUCAUAAACACAGUUAUUGGCGAUCUCCAAGAACCCCUCGUCGAUUUCAUCACCAUCCAUCCUCGGACGAGACGAACGCCAUCCAACAUCCCCAUCGAUACCGACGCUCUCCGCUUUCUUGCCUCCGAAUUCGGCCACAAAAUCCCUCUCAUCCUCUCCGGCGAUGUCUUUACCCUCAGUUCUAUUCCAAUCCCCACCCUCGAAAAGCAUGCUGAUGAUGACGUUCCCACGCCGGCCGGAACUGGCAUCCGCGGUGUUAUGUCUGCGCGGGCGAUCCUUAUGAACCCCGCCUUGUAUGCUGGCCAUGACACAUGUUCUUGGAAGGUUGUAGCGUCCUUCAUGCGCAACGUGGUGGCAAGCCCGCUACCGCUGCGCCUUGUUCACCAUCAUCUUGGCGAGAUGUGUGGACCAGGGCCGGGUGAGAAUAAGGCCGCACUCCUGGACAAACGCGAGCGGACCGCGCUGCUGAAGCAAAUGACCAUGCUUGAUGUGAUUGAUUUCCUGGACCGGACUGUUGAUGGUAAGCUGGGGAAGACUGGUGGCCUCUCAAGAAUUCGGUAG